CACUUCAAGACUCAAAACGUUCAAAACCAAAACAAAACACUGAAAACACCAUUUUUCAACAAUAAUAAAGUUGACCUAAUUUUUAAAUAAUUUUAAUUUAUAAUGGAACAACAGCCAAAUAUCUAUAGAAAAAUGCUAGCCGCGGCAGUGUCAAGUAUUUUGUUAGAAUCUGGUUGUGAUUUUACUGAAAAGGAAUGUCUAGGAACUCUUACAGAAAUGAUGCAAGCAUUUGUAACAGAAGUUGCCCAUUUAAGCAAGACUUACUGUGAGCUAUCUGGGCGUGUAGAGCCAAUUUUAGGAGAUGUAAUUUUGAGUUUUGUAGAAAUGGGUUUUAACUUCAAUUCAUUGGAAAAUUAUGUUAAAACAUCUAAACAUGUAGUUCUACCACCACUACAACUACAACAACCACAAAAACAGUUAAACAUGUUAGCAGCUGGUAGUAAGCAGCCAUUAUCUGUACAUAUUCCUCAGCAUUUCCCACAAUUUCCAGAUCCACAUGCAUAUGUUAGAACACCAACACAUAAACAACCAAUAAUUGAUUAUGAAUCUGUCAGAGAAAAAGCUGCAAUACAAAAAAGGGACAUUGAAAAGGCCUUAACAAAAUUUUUAUCAAAAACAAACAGUACUCACAACAUAUUUGAUACAGAUGAAUCAAAUAUUUUCCCAUUAAUUGCAUGUAAACCAACUACCCCAGCUUAUCUUUCUGCUCUUCUUCCCCAAGACCAAAUUUUUGAUGCAGAAGACUUGGAUAUUGAUCCAAAGAGUCAAAUUUUACAACAGCAGAAAAAUCAUGACAAAGCCAAGAACCAUAUAAAGACAGAAAAUAAAUCUGAUGAUGAUAAAAGGGAAACUUUGAAUGAAUCUAGAACUAGCGAAGACAGUGCAAACAAUUCAAAUUAUAUUGAUAAUCCUUAUUUAGCUGCAACCAAGCUUCCAGGUGGUGAAAUAAUGGAAAUUUCCUAAAAUAUGAUUAUUGUAUAAUGGUCAUAUUUUUUUAUUUUAUAAUUGUAUAAGUUAUAAGAAAAAAUAUAUUUUAAUCAUUUUUGGCAUUAUUUUCUCCAAAAAUAAAUUAAAAAUAAUGAGAAGUAUUCAUAGAAAAUGAAAAUAAAUCACUCCUUGAAUUACUUGCAGUAUUACGCCUUAUCUUUCCACUGUUCUGUCUCAAUCCCAAUUUUUUGAUCCUGAAUGUAGAUCCAGAGUCAAUUUACAGCAGCAGAAAAAGCAUGCAAAGUCAAGACUUUGAAUAAAUGAAGUAGAAAAGUAGUUUAAAUAAUUUAAAUUCUAUUUACAAAUAUUUAGCUCAAAAAUGUUCCAGGAUGUAAAGUAAUAAAUUAUGUUUUUUUUUUGUGAUAUAGUUUUAGUG